UCUGUGCAGUUACAUCAAUUCCUUUCUUUGUGCCUUCUUAGAAGCAUCUUCCACGGGGAGGUUAUCAUAUUCAGUUCAUUGACAGCAUCAGUAUGUUUGACUCUACAUUUACAUCAUCCUUCAAUUCUAAAGAUACUUCUACAUUUUUAAUAUUAGUCUCCAAUACAUCUUGGAUUAGAUGUUCCUCAACUAAAUCAAUGAUUUACUCUCCCAAAGCCUGUGUAGUAAUUAUUCAAGUUAUUUUCUAAGGGUUUUAUUUUUCUUUUCAAUUUUUUUUUUCAUUUAUAAAAUCUCCUGGGUUCGUUUUUAGUCGACAAUGAUGUUUUUAUUUUAAGCGUGCUGAACGAAAUUGUUUCACCUGCCUGUUCAGGCAGAUAAAUGCUUGUUUAUUCUGGUUUUGGCUCGUUUCAUUUUCACACAUGAAUUACAGAGGCAAAAUCAACAGAAUGCCUCAAAAAUUAAAGGUGUCCGAAUUACUGGAGCGUCCGGACUAUCGAAGUUAUACUGUAAUUCACUUGUGCCAUGUUCCCAACACGUUUGACCAUCAUUUUAACCAUUUAAUCGCACGUAUUUCAUGAAAAUUCUUCUGCUACUCGAAUUAUAACACCCAUUAACAAUUUUCUUCGCCUCAAAUUUCAGUGCGUCGCAUCUAACCGGCGUAAAUAUUUUUUCGCAAUCAACCGGCGACCGAACACGUUGUACGUCGUGUUGCCGCGGCACGGUACCCACACCACCAUCGCCUGGGAACCCGGUGGGGAAACGGUCGAGCGCCUCCGGUGCACCAGUGUGCGGCACUCGUCUUGUGUUCUUCGCGUCUGACCACGGUGUGCACGGCUGACAGCUGAGCAGGCGCGUUCCGUGUCGUCGAUAUAGAACUACGGGGCCCUUGGAUAUGUGUGUUUAUGUUUUAUUCAGGCCAAAAAUGGGGCAUUUUCAUUCGGAAUGAACGGCGUACCCGACUGUGCUGUGCUAAAUUCGAAUCGGUGUUUUGUUAUUGGGGGUGGAUACAUGUGUUGUGGUUUUUAAUCAUAUGUGUUUUGUUUACCUAUUGAACGCUGUUGUUGUUUUGGAUAUUAAACGGGGAUUUUGAAUUGACCACCCCAGUGCUGAAAGGUGCAACACCGAUCAUUUAAAAGUGAUUUGUUCCGUUGGUAUAUUACUAAGGUUGCCGGCGCCACCGUCGCCCACCCCGUGGAGGGGACACAUCAGCUGGUACCGGCGUCCCGACGUGAGCGUCGUCAGUCGUUCACAGGCGUCGUCUAGCUGCGCUACGCUGCCAACGGAACAGUCUCUGACAGGGCCACAACACACCACAUCCAAGUCACCUGCAUCCGUGUGGACAUAGUUGCCGGCUAUUGGUAAACAACAGUGAUCGUGCGUGGGCCUUGUGCUAAACACAGUUCUUGGUGAUGGUAACUAGUCUGGUUUGAGUGCUUUUUUCCUUCGUAUGAUUUGGUUUUGACUGCUGUGACAUGUUCUGGUAGCGCGAGGGGGUGAGAUUACGUACGAUGAGGGGCCUUUCUGUACUCAUCGCGUGCGUCGUGACCGCGUGCUACGCAGCCUGGCAAGAGAACGUCAGGCCCAAGAUGUAUGUCCAAUUAGGAGCGGAAGACGACGUGCGCCACUUCACAGGGAACGACACCCACACGGACUACUUCCGGCUGGUGCUGCGAGAUGGGGACUCCUUGCUGGUCGGUGGAAGGAACGUGGUGUAUAAUUUGACGCUGAGCGACUUGACCGAACAACAGAGGCUGACAUGGAUCUCCAACGAGAACGACUUCAAAAUGUGCGUCGUCAAGGGAAAAGACGAGGAGAACUGCCAGAACUACAUCAGGAUAAUGGCGAAGACCGACGCCGGCAGGCUGCUGCUCUGCGGCACCAACGCCUUCAAGCCGAUCUGUCGCGAAUACAACGUACUCAGCAAGAAUUACACCGUCGAGAAGGAGAAACCGGGCCAGGCGGUCUGUCCCUACGACCCCCAUCACAACUCGACCGCCAUUUAUGUCGACGGCGACUUGUACACUGGAACAGUGGCCGAUUUCAGCGGGAUGGAUCCCAUUAUCUACAGGGAACCACUACAGACAGAACAAUACGAUUCGAUGAGCCUGAACGCUCCCGAUUUCGUCAGCUCGCUGACCCAGGGCGAUUUCGUUUAUUUCUUCUUCAGGGAGACAGCGGUGGAAUACAUCAAUUGCGGAAAGACCGUCUAUUCCCGCGUGGCCAGGGUAUGCAAGAACGACAGAGGAGGACCACACAGAUUCAGAAAUAGAUGGACUUCUUUCCUAAAAGCUAGACUGAAUUGUUCUGUCACGGGAGACUUCCCGUUCUAUUUCAAUGAAAUCCAAUCAUCGACUGACUUAAUAGAUGGUCAAUACGGCGGAAAUUCCGCCCAGCUAAUCUAUGGUACUUUCACGACACCGCCAAACAGCAUAUCGGGAAGCGCCGUUUGCGCUUUCAGCCUGAAGGACAUCACCGACGCCUUCGAGGGCAAUUUCAAGGAGCAGGCGGCCAUCAACGCGAACUGGCUGCCGGUGCUCAGCAACAAAGUGCCGGAUCCACGACCCGGACAAUGUCAUAACGACAGCAGAACACUGCCAGAUUUAACACUCAACUUCAUCAAAACACACUCGUUGAUGGACGCCAGCGUUCCAAACUUCUUUGGACAGCCCAUCGUUAUUCGCACCAGUUUCCAUUAUAGAUUUACACAAAUAGCUGUAGAUCCUCAGGUUAAAGUUCCUGGAGGGAAAACUUACGACGUCUUGUUCAUCGGGACAGAUAAUGGUAAAAUAAUCAAAGCAGUAAACGGUCUGUCGGCCGAAACCAGACAUGGGGUCAGGCCUGUAGUUGUGGAAGAAAUCCAGGUGUUCCCCGUACACGUGGCGGUAAGAGGCAUAAAAAUAAUGAAAGGAGGAAAGAGUGCCAAGGACGAAGGUCGAUUAGUCGUUAUUUCUGACACGGAAGUUCAAUCCUUAAGACUGCACAGAUGUGAUAGCAACAAAAUAUCCAGUUGCAGCGAAUGCGUCGCACUGCAAGACCCAUACUGUGCUUGGGACAAGGUACAGGGUAAAUGCAGAUCCCGCGGUCAGGGGAGAUGGGGCGAAGACACCUACUUCUUCCAGAGCGUUUCCACCGGGGAACACACUGCUUGCCCACCCCCGAAGCUUGGCAAAGAUGCAGGAUCUGUGGGAGGCUUGAGCUCCAGUCUGCCCAAAUUUAGUGACCACAUUCCGAACAAAGAACAACCUGACGGACAGGUUAUCAACAUUAUGCAGGAAAAAACAUACGAAAGCAGCGGUCCUGCGGUAACAGCUGCGGAUGCUCUGCCGACUCAGUACUCAGUCGAAACUUUAAUUAUGGCAGUUGUUGCUGGAUCAGUUUGCGCUCUAGUCGUCGGAUUCAUAGCUGGUUAUUUGUGCGGCAGAAAGUGUCACAAGGACGAGGACGACAAUCUCCCGUAUCCAGAUACAGAAUAUGAAUAUUUCGAACAGCGUCAAAACAUGAAUAGUAGGAUAGCUGCUGAACCGAAGUUGCUUCCUCAAGAGGAAGUUACUUAUGCUGAACCGGUACUGGUUCCGCAACCGCCGCCAAAAUUGCAUUCUCCCAAGAAUACACUUCGUAAGGGUCCACAUCAGAACAACGCCGAGACCCUCUUCCAAUUCCAGACCGAUGGCGGAUACAAUGGAAGGGAUAAUUAUAGGGGUAGGGAUAACUUCGGGACACUCCGUUCACACCAGUUGUUGCAGGGCGACCAGUACCGACGGGGCGACGGCUUCGCAACCACACGCAGCGUCAAAAAGGUUUACCUCUGAGACAGCGGCGAGGAGGGCGCCGGACCGCAGGCGCCCCGCAGUCUUGGGCGCACGGCGGCGCCGCGUCAACAGCCGCCGCCGCCGCCCUCGCAGCGCAGCGGACACAGCGCGCUGCCAACGAGCAGCGGCUCGAGCAGCUCGCCGUCGCCGCCCUCCUCGUCGCCCUCGCCCACGCCACCGCACACCGCCAGCUACAUCUAUCGCGCAUAGCCCGCCACCGCGCAGAUCGGUCCGUCGGCGUCGGAACACCACCGACAGGCGGCCACCAUUCACGUGUGACUCGGCACGUCGGAGGCCGUCGCCGCAGCCGUCCUGCGGUCCAGGUAACCGAUUUCGCGAUGCGGUCGCUCCGGAUGGAUGUACGGGAUGGGCCGUUGUCGUCCGGCUGGCGUUUUUCCCUUAUAUUCAUGAAAGAUCAUUUUAGUGUAUACGGAGAAAUUGGGAAAGCCAUUUUUUGUUCGGCAUUAAAAACGACACUGUAAUUUGUACGCUACAUAUUCAUGGUACGUAUUUUUGACUCCAUUGUUAAUGAUAUUAUUUAUAAAUUUACGUAUUAAUUAUUUAUAAAAGUAACUAACAUGAUAAAAACAAACUAUUAUAUAGUGAACUUUUUAUUUAUUGCUUACAUUAAGUGUUAAAUGCGAGUUGGUUUUUCCAAUUUUUCCCCAUCUGCUAGAGUUACCUCUGCUAAAGUAAAUUUCCCCUGAGUUCUUGAAAGAGAUGUUAAUAAAAUUUCGAAGUGACUUUCCAAAUACUAUAUAUGUAGUAUUAUGGUUUCAAUGAAAAUAUGAAGAUUCAAAAUUAGCGGAGAGGACUAGUAAGCAUAGAGUAGGGCAGUGUAUUUUAGACAAAGAUAUGAAAUAGAGUCAUUUAAGUAUUUUCAUGAUUAAUAAGUGCUUCUUAUGGAUGUGUUAGAUAAGAGUGUCCGUAUAAAAAUAGAUUGUUAUAAUUUAGCAACAUUGUGAUUAGAUUGUAUAUUCUUUAGCUAUAAAAUCGUUCCAUCUGAUCUUUGUUAUCGAACUCUAUAUUUUAUAUCGAGCAUACCUCACUUUGUAACAUAACUUGUUCAUUUUUAAUAAGAUGUCUAAAUAAGACACGAAUAAAUACUGCGAUGACGUAUUGAUUAAAAAUUAUUAAAUCCGAAGCUUAAUGAUCUGUAUUUCUUUUCGACAUGCAACAGUAACCUAAUCGGAUUUUCAAUCAAUACCGUGCAAGUAUAAUAAAAAAUAUUACUUAAAUUUGUAACUCCAUAAAUGAAUCAUCGUUUCCCAUUUGUCAACAAGAAAUCAGUUUUUUAUACAGGAACGUGAAAUGUAUUCACUAUUGGAUGAAAAGAUUGAGUGAGGUUGGUUGUUUCAAAGUGGGCGUAUUUUAAGUUGGUUGGAAUUAUUUCUAUGCUUUUUUGAUUUAAUUAACGCAAACUAGUAAUGUACAUAAGACUGAGAUACAUAAUACUCCGUGUCCAAUUUUAGUAUGUAAAGCUAAUUUUUCUAAUUUACGAUUUUCGUGUAUGUUAAGACAGUACAAAACUUUCCAAAUGUAAUGUGCUCCUUGUGGCGGUAUUUUUAUGACUAAUUUUGAUUUGUUAGACAUUAGUUUUUUAGAUUUUUCCAGAGUGUAUAACAAAUCAUUAAUGAGUCAAUUAUUUGGGUGCUCGCACCUUUUGAAGUAAUACGUUCAUACAUACUUUACAAUGCCCUAAUUGUUUUUAAAUCUAUGAAGUUUUUGAUAAAUUUUUAUAACCUUACUGAUGUUGGAAAGUAUUUAUGGAUGUGUUACAAAUUACCUUUUUAUACAUCACCCAUUUUGUUUAGGUAAAUUUUAUUUUUAUUGUUGCUCAAAGCGGUUUAUUGAUAGAAAUUAGUUAAAAACACUCAUUGUUUUAUUGUUUUUUUUUGUGUAAUUUAUGUAUUUAUAUUAUUUUUAAAUGAUAUUGUCAAAUAAUUGUAUCCACACAAAACAUGUGAUUAAUACUGAAGUCAUUUUUAUAAGUGUGUCACUAAAGUUUUUCGGGUUGUUUUUCAAUUUUAUCGAUUUUAUAUUGAUAAAUGACUUAUUUUUAAUAACGAUAAUAAGCCGGAAAACUGUAGGGGCAGUGUAGUUUUGUUUUGAUAGUGUUUUAUAUAUAUAAAUAUAUUCCAAUAACAUGUCAGUAAUUUUCCCAAAAUUGUAUAAAGUUGUAGAUAGAAUUUUAACAAUAUAGUAACCUAGUCAAGUUAUAAAUAUAUAUAAAGAUUACAAAAAUUUGGCACUCGAAAAUUUUAUAGAAUUAGCAUUAGAGUUUAUAAUUUCUAAUAAAUAUUAUUGUAUAAAAUUUUUUAAUACAUCAACAUAUUAUAACGUCAGAUUCGUUGUAUGGGCUGAGAAGUUUAUCGUAUCGAUACAGCUUUUCUUCUUUUAUUUCUGCCAAGUUCAUGUUUUUUAUGCUCAAAAUUGCAUUUUUUUAUGGCCAAGACCAGACCGAAUUCUGAACCUGACGGCAUUCUUAAAGCAUUCUUAAAUAUUUAUGUGGAUGUCGUGGAGUACAGUGUUGGGGUUGUGCCCAUGGUCAUUUUACGAUUUACGAGUACUAUAUAGCCAAAGUUUUCUAUACAAGACCUUGUAUAAAAUUACAUCGGUGAAGUUCCUUGAUAUUAGAAUUGUUACCGAUGUUUACUCACUUUUAGUAUUCGAAAACUUCCAUUCUAGUAUUUAUAAUAAUAACUAUUUAUAAAUUUAUUUUAUGAAUAGGUAUUAUGCAUCAAAUUUAUUAGGUAGAAAGCUAUCAAAGUUUCUCUGUAGAUGUACAGAACUUUUUUGUUCUCUCAAGUUGUUUGAUACGUGACAGUAUAUUAAUCUAUCAUAUUUAUAAUUGACUAAAUAUCCCAUAUUACAGCUAAUUCACAUGAAAACGUUUAUCUAUGGCUAUACUCGAUUUAAAACUACUCUUGAUGUAUUUUUUUACAGUCCCUGCGUCCUGAGCCAAACAACGUUAAAUUAUUGACUGAACCAUCUGAUUGCUUACAUUUGUGAGUAAAGCGUUUAUGGAUGGCUUUUUGACACAUUGUAUGUGACCCAAGUCACAGAUUUUAUUUAACUAAAAAUAAGUUUAGCAUCAGGAUGAAAGACUACUACUAUAUGUUGAAAAGAAACAUUAUAGAUAAAAAUUCGUAACAAAGAAUCGUUGUUUAACCGUUCAGAGUUUAGAUUUUGCUAGUCAUCUUAAUUGACCAGCUGAUUUAUUAAUUCGUUAUUAUUCAAUAUUAUUGUAAUCCCACAUUUUUAUACUUGGUCUCACUUAGUGGAAUCAGAAAGAUUUUUUUUCUUUAUUGUGUUGGAAAUAAGAGUAGAGUAGCAGACAGUCGAUAACAUCUAGUGAUUUGUACUAAGUGAUGUGAAUUCUAAUAAAUUUAGAUUAUUAUAUCUAUUCAUAAUAAUAAAUAAACUUGCUUCUUCCUAAAAUGGGAUUUGCCCAAAAACCCAUGCAGUAAUCUGCAAAUAGCUGUGCGAGCGUUUUUGUAACUUGUAAGGCUGCAGCCAGUUUUUUAAAAUAUUACAUUAUUAUAUAAAAAUAGAGUAAAUAUAGUUCUAGGUAGAUUAUAAGUAUUCGCAAAUUGUAUGUAUGCAGAAAAAAAAACGUACUGAUUCCAGAUCUGUUCUGGAUGUUUGCCUAAGACAGCCUUUAGCAUAUUAUAUAAACAUCGUUACUAAAAUCAUACAACAAUUUAUAUAUUUAAACAUUCCAUAUUCAAUUAAUUGAAAAACGAGGUAUUUAAUAUUUGUCCCAAAAAUAAUAAAUGAUUUAAAUACUUUGUCAAUACAAUAUAUCUUAGAGUAUGUUUAAAAAUUAAAAGUGGAUUAACAAUUCUAAAAAAUAGAUUUACAUUGCUGCGAUUGUUAGUUGUAAUUAUAAGUUAAGCCUUUCGCAGAUGUAUUAUAUUUAAUACAAUAAAAAUUACAUACAAUUUGUCCAGAAAAAUGCAUUUUUAUAUUUCUUUGUGUAUAGAACUAUUAUUUUUUUACCUCUAUGAAGGAACUAUGUAAGUUUGUGUUUAUUGAAUACCGUGUAUAUUGUGAGAUUCUGGGCAAAAUGUAACAUGAAAUAUUUAAUAAUAUUAACUUUAGACAACACAAUGUAUUCUUUGAAUAGAAUAAAAAGUAUAUAAUGAA